AUGCUGAGUCAAACGGCAAGGGAGAAUGCGGUGAAGGCGACACAUGAUUUCCGUAGCAGAGAAGAAGAAGGAGAUGCAGUGGAAGUACGAGGCAGUACAUUGCAAGCCCUCAGAAUAGAAUAUCGAUCGACUAGAUACGACAUAUAUGACUUUAUAGAAAGUCUAGUGAGGGACGCACCCGAUGAAGUAAAAGACGAUCCGGUGGUGCGAGAUAGGUGGAUGGAGAUAUUGGAGAAAAAAUCCAAUAUGGCAGAAGGUUUUAGGUCAUUCCAAGAACAAAUUGGCAGCCGUCAAAGAGCAUUGGAGGAGAAAAGCAGUGACGUGGCGGAGUUACGGGCAAGGAAUAAAGAGCUAGAAGUUGCUCUAAAAAGAUCGGAAGACGCCAAUGGUUGCCUUAAAGAAAGAGCACAGGCAAGUUAUAAAAAAGCAAGAGAUACAUACAUUGAAUUGUACUUUCAAGAUCUCAAGCUUAAAUGUGAAUUGGUUGCGGCUGCAGAGAAAGCCCAGGCAGCAGAAAAAUCCUGGGAAGAAGAGAAAAGGAAUCUUUUGAAAAAACUUGAUCUUUCGGCAAAGAACCGUCGAUCAGCAGAGACAGAACGUUACCAGUUGGCCAUACGAAUGGUUGCCAAUAACAAUAAGGAACGGAAAUAUAAUUGGUUUGAAGCAUCACACGAAUGUGCUCGACAAGGUUUGAGACUCGUUGAAGUCCGUGACGCCGCCAAGAACAAAGAAUUAUUGACUACACUGGAAUCUUACAUCGGUAACCCCAAGAACUUUUGGAUAGGUGCUAACGAUGAAUACAAUACAGACAAAGAUCUAAAUCGUCCAUUCUACUGGUCAUCUGGUCAGUGUGUAAUAUUCAGUAAUUGGGCAAAAGGCGAACCGAACAAUUCUGGUAGUAACGAACACUGUGUACAUUUAUGGACUUUACAACGCGGUUCCCAAUGGAAUGAUAGGGCCUGUACCACUAAAUACGGAUUUAUUUGUGAGAAGCCUGUAUAA